AUGACGACUCAACGUGAGCUAAAUGUCCGCGAGUUGCUGGAGCUAGAGCGACAGAUUUAUCAGGAAAGUAUUGAUCGGGUUUUACAACAACAAGAAGAGCUAAAUGCAGGUACAUUGGAAGAGUUUGUGCGGCGUUGCAGACCGUUUGAAGCCGAUCGAGAGUGGGAAUUGCAAGCGGCGCAGCAUCAAUUUGAAUUUUCACAGGAAGACGCACAAAGUCUCUUUGAAUUUGACGUUCAACAGGCUCAGGACGUUUUUUUGUCGGAUAGACAACAACUCAAGUGCAAGUUGCUGGAUCGUACACGACGAGAACGACGAAGAAUUGAGAGGAGACUUCAUGAGGCAAAUUUUGACACGAGCAACUUUAGGAGGUCAGGGAGAUGGAGUGAUAAUGUUGAAGGAGUGGAUAAAUUGCAGCCGACGUUGCUGGUAAAACAGCUACAACGUGCGCAAUGGAGGACAAGGAAAAGUUUUAAUUUUCGACAUUUGUCACGAGGAGUGCUCCCAACACCUGAACGGAUUGUCGAGGAUGUGGUGGAAGAGUGUGCAAAGUUGACAAGGAAUCGAGAACGUGAAGAAACACUGAAGAUGGGGGAAGAGGAAGGUGUGGAGCAUAAUGUAAAGGUGGUAGUCAGUGCAAAUGGACAAGAAUUGAGAUGUCAUAUAUUGUGUGGAGAGAGUGAGGAAGAGGUGGAUGACACGUUUCGUGUGGGAGAUGCAGUGGUGUUGAUAUCAAGAUUGACCGAGGAGGAUUUCUAUGGAUUUGUGUCGGCUAUUACAAUGGAGGAGAUCAAGUUGGUGCUGGUCUGUGGAACUCAUGUACGCGUGACAAUUGCGCGACUUCGUAGUGGACAGUGUGUAUUGCGAAAGCAGUCGGAAGCAACGCUUUUACCUAUCGAAAAACGAGAAGAUGCACCUUUUUCCGAAGUUGCGACUAGUCUUGAGAAACUGUUACAGGAUCCACCAGAUGCUCGACGACACCAUUUGAAGCAAAAGACAACAAUAGAUAAUCGACGUGGCUUUUGA